UUCUUUCAACAGCAACAGGAGUCAGACACCUCGGUAGCUUGCUAGACAAAAUAGACGAACCGAUAAAGCUUUAGAUGCUUCCGUAGAGCCACUGUGUUUUAAACCCACUUCUGUCGUCUAGUGAGUUAUUCAAUUUAAUGUAAUAUUUACGUUGUUGUUAUUAGUCAGCUCGCUGGCUUCUUAAGUUAGCACUAGCCUAGCUAUCUAACAUCCCCGACAAUGAGUUCACUAAGCUACUAUCUUGCUAAAAAAGAGGAGGUCUGCUGGACGGAGAAAGAAGCUCCCGUGAAAGAGGAGGAAGAAGAGAAAGACGUUUCAGUGAAAGAAGAGGAAGAUGUUACAGUAAAAGAAGAGGAGGAAGAGAAAGACCAGGGUGCAGUUUUUGGAGUGAAGGAGGGGGAGAUGACUGUCACAUCGAAAAAGGAGGAGGAAACGGGAUAUCUGGGCCCAGUUUCCCUAAUGCAUCUUAAGGCAUCCAAUGGUUCUAACGAUGAACUUAACCAUAAGAUGGUUUUGAGAAACCGUUCCCUGAUUAACACUAGAGAGAGACGUGACUAUUGUGGGUCCUCUGGGGAGCCUCAACAACAUCAUGAAGCUGAUGAGGCAAAGAAGAGUCUCUCCACAUCAGAAACCCUCACAAAACACCAGCAGAGAUCCACAGAGAAGAAAUCUCAACGCUGCUCUGACUGUGGGAAGACCUUUUCAAGAUUAUAUACAUUACAAUCACACCAGAGAAUUCACACUGGAGAGAAACCUUUCAGCUGCGAUCAAUGUGGGAAGAGUUUUGUUACAUCUGGCUGUCUGACUAUACACCAGAGAACACACACAGGAGAGAAACCUUAUAGCUGUGAUCAAUGUAAAAAUAGUUUUGUUACUUCGAGCUCUCUGACUAUACACCAGAGAACACACACAGGAGAGAAACCUUAUUGCUGUAAUCAAUGUGGGAAAAGUUUUGUUUCAUCUAGCCGUCUGACAAUACACCAGAGAACACACACAGGAGAGAAAUCUUAUAGCUGUGAUCAAUGUGGGAAGAGUUUUGUUUCAUCUAGCCAUCUGACUAUACACCAGAGAAUACACACAGGAGAGAAAGCUUACCACUGCUCUGACUGUGGAAAGAGUUUUUCUAUCUCAGGAAAUUUUAAAUCACACCAGAGAACACACACAGGAGAGAAACCUUAUAGCUGUAAUCAAUGUGGGAAGAGUUUUGCUCAAUCAAGCAACCUGAUAGCACACCUGAGAAUACACACUGGAGAGAAACCUCACUGCUGCUCUGAGUGUGGGAAGACCUUCUCAAAAUUAUAUACAUUACAAUCACACCAGAGAAUUCACACUGGAGAGAAACCUUAUAGCUGCUCUGAAUGUGGAAAGAUAUUUUCGAAAUUAUAUACAUUACUAUCACACCAGAGAACACACACUGGAGAGAGGCCUCAUAGCUGUAAGCAAUGUGGGAAGAGUUUUAUUCGCUCAAGCUGCCUGAUGGUACAUCUGAAAAAACACACAGGAGAAAAAUCCUUUAGCUGUGAUCAAUGUGGGAAGAGAUACUCUGGUAAAAGAGCUCUGAUUAAACAUCAGAAAAUACAUGCUUGAAGGACUUGUUUCAUGAUAUCAAUGAAAUAAUGUCACAAUGUAGAAUGUUUUAACAUUGUAGUAGGAGUAUUUUAAUGAUGUCACAAUGUAGAAUGUUUUAACAUUGUAGUAGGAGUAUUUUAAUGAUGUCACAAUGUAGAAUGUUUUAACAUUGUAGAAGGUGUAUUUUAAUUAAUAAUGUGACAAUGUAGAACCCUAAUAUUUUGCCCCUGUUCUAUUGAUUUCAGUGUGAUAAAGGGGAAAAUCCAGGCUCUGAAAUGAAAGUACUAUUUGUGAUUAACACUUACUGCAUUGGCGACCCACUUGAAUCAAAUUGCAACACUUCAAAUUGUAGCUAGCUGUCUUCUACAAAUUGACCUCUAACCAGGGAUGUACACAUUAUUCCCAGAUUCCGUGUGUUUUUUGAGCUGUUAGUUUUAUCAGGUCGUGCAACCUCAUCUCCCCCUCUUGUGCAAUUGAUUUCAACGUGAUAUUGAUGUGAGUGAUGCUAAAUAUGUGUUUCUCUUCGUUUUGGGGACCCUGAAAUUUCAAUGCGUCACUCCAAAAUGUAGCUGACUGUCUUCUGCAGGUUGUCCUCUAACCUGUGAGGUAAAAUAU